GAUUGGUUGAAUCAGACGGGAGGGCGUUUUGGCUGGCUUAGGACUUACCCGGGGUCCCCAACCAAAUCGUCCGACUGUGGUGGGGUUGCCAGGGGGAUGCGGAUGGGGUUGUAUGACAGGAACCUAUAAUUAUCAGACCAGGCAGGUGGUCGCCCGACCAGGAAUCCAGCUUUUCGAGCUCCGCUUUCAGACACUCGGCGGACGUUGACGCGAACGGAAGUCCGAGGCUUAUCGCCCGAAAUGUUGGCCAGGAUGCACUCACCCGCAGAGGCUCAGGCACCUCCGUCCACGCCCUGCAAAUCGCCCAUCCUGGACGUGACCGAGACCCUAUCGUUGCACAGCGAGAUGGAGCUGGAAUUUGAAACCAAAAAAUCGUUGUAUCCCUUUGGAACACCUCACAGUCAUGGUCACCUUCAGGGCCUACCAGGCCUCAGUAUUCCAAAUCUGAUCAAUGGCAGAAAUUCCGCCGGAGCUGCUGCUGCCUCCACACUGCCCGCCUUCGAGUACAUUGCUCCGCAAAACCACCCACUACACGCCCUGGAGUUCCCUCUGAUGGAGUUGAAUCAUCGUGUGGGUGUUGUUGGCGGCAUGUUUCCCGGUUUCUUGCACCGUCGGUCACGAGGCGAGAAGCGACCGAUUCCCGAUGCCCAGAAGGAUGCCAAGUACUAUGAGAGACGCAAGCGGAACAACGAGGCGGCCAAGAAGUCUCGAGAUGCUCGCAAAAUCCGGGAGGAUCGCAUUGCGUUUCGGGCUGCUCUACUGGAGCAGGAAAACUCCAUCUUGCGAGCUCAAGUGCUUGCCCUUCGCGACGAAUUGCAGACGGUGCGGCAGCUCCUGAGUGCCACUGCCGCCGGUGGCCUACUGUCGAUGCCUCGCCAGCUGUGAGAUGUGAGACCGUAGCCUAUUUGGCAAAUCCCUUGUACAUAGAAGUAAAGUCAGA